AUGGGGAAUCUGUUUUGCUGUGUACAAGUUGACCAAUCAACAGUGGGUAUCAGAGAGAGAUUUGGCAAGUUUGAUGAUGUGCUUGAGCCUGGAUGUCAUUUCUUGCCAUGGUGUAUUGGCAGCCAGAUUGCUGGUUACCUUACUUUAAGGCUGCAGCAGCUUGAUGUAAGAUGCGAGACCAAGUCAAAGGAUAAUGUAUUUGUAACUGUUGUUGCUUCAAUUCAAUAUCGUGCUCUGGCUGAUAAAGCUACUGAUGCUUUUUACAAGCUUAGUAAUACUCGGUCCCAGAUCCAAGCCUAUGUCUUUGAUGUUAUCAGAGCGAGUGUUCCAAAGCUAAAUCUGGAUGAUGUCUUUGAGCAGAAGAAUCAGAUUGCUAAAACAGUGGAGGAGGAACUUGAAAAGGCAAUGUCUGCUUACGGAUAUGAGAUUGUUCAGACACUAAUAGUUGAUAUAGAGCCAGAUGAACAAGUCAAGCGAGCUAUGAAUGAAAUCAAUGCAGCUGCAAGGUUGAGAGUAGCCGCCAAUGAGAAAGCAGAAGCUGAAAAGAUUAUCCAGAUUAAACGAGCUGAAGGUGAUGCUGAGGCUAAGUACCUGGCAGGACUAGGGGUUGCUAGACAACGCCAGGCCAUUGUGGAUGGUUUAAGGGACAGUGUUCUUGGCUUCUCAGUUAAUGUACCAGGAACUACAGCCAAGGACGUCCUCGAUAUGGUCCUCAUCACUCAGUAUUUUGACACCAUGAAGGAUGUUGGUGCCAGCUCCAAAUCCUCAGCAGUCUUUAUCCCACAUGGACCUGGUGCUGUUAGUGACAUUGCAGGGCAGAUUCGACAAGGGUUACUGCAGGGUUCAGCUGUCCAGUAACCAAAUCUUUUAUAAAUGUGUUUUCACCAUGUCUCGUGUGGUUCCAGUUUGUAAGUAAUGUUUCUUUGUGAUUUGAUUAUGAUGGCCGCAAUUGUUCUCUACAUACGUGUGUUGCUAAUGUAAUUACAUGCAGUUUUCUAA